GCACCCGCCCCGGAGCGGCUCCGUGCGGCUCGGACCCCCAGAGGAGCGGCCAGCGGGCGGCGCGGCGCACGAAGCGGCCCCGGGGCUGGCGGGGCCGUGCCGGUGUGGCGGAGCGGAGCGGGCCGGGCCGGGCCAGGCUGAGGGCUUGGGUCGCGCCGAGGGCUGGGCGAGGAGCCGGGGCCUGCGGGGAGCGGGGCGGAGAGCAGGCUCCUGGUGGCAGCAGGGUCCCCCAGAUAUCGCCAGCAGUGACGCCUCCACUGUCCUCCCUCGGGAAACAAGAGCUUGAGCUGCAUCUCUGAGUUUAGACCUCCAACCUCAGCAUCCUGAUCUGGUGCUGCCUUUGGGAGGAUGAAUCAGGACAGUUACUCAAGUGAUCAGCCCACGGGCCAGGACCCACUCGUACUGCUGAAAACCCUUCAGCUUCUCUGGACAAAGCAGGAGCUGGGGAAGCUCAAGGAAGAAAUCAGGCGGGGCUUUGCCAGACUGGAGGACCCUUUGGCAGGACUCCUGGCCAUGCUGGAGAGCAGCAGUGAUUGGAAGGGGAAAGGGCAUUCCCUGGGGUAUUGCAUCACCACGGAGCUGCAGCUUUGGAUAAAAGCACAUCCUGCUGUCCCACAGUCUGGCACCAAGCUGAAGAAGCUGCAGGCCCGUGUGCUCGGAAUGCUCUCCCAGUGCCCAGCUAAUCUGCUUGACCCCCUGAUUAGCAUUUACCAGCUCCACACAGCAGACCGGAACUAUUUGCUUGAACAUGUCAGUCAUCUUUAUCUCCAGGGCAAUUACAAAGAGGCAGCCAUACUGAGUAUUAAGCUGAAAUUACAGCCAGAUCAAGAUGUAGAGAAGAUGUGUACCCCACUACUGCUCCAGGAUAAAACUAACUUGGUGGAAGAAUACGUGGCAGAAUAUCCCGAGCUCCAGAGGAAGCUCUUGCAGACCCUGGACACAUGGUGUGAGCCCAGCUUCGAUAUCAGAGACAUCACAAGACCAUAUCAAGGCCUGUCCAAGUACAAACCUGAAAAAUUUAACCGCAGAAUGCUCAGUAAGCUGGUCUUCAGGCUCCUGGAGAGAUUCAACGUUGACUCAGCUCUCUGCCCUAAUGUCAUAAAUCAGCGGCACUUGAGAACCCUGAAUUACCUCUUUUACAAGAGAUUUGUUGAGAAAACCAUGACUGAGGAGAAUUGGGCAGACCACAUUCAGAGCACAGUUGGAGAGAACCGGUGGCUCCAAGGACACCUGGUGCAGUCGCUGCUCCGUCACUGCGACGCGCGUGGGGCGGCGCGGUGGGCGCAGCACUGCCGGGUGCCCCCCGAGAUGCUGCCUCAGGCUGUGGCUGAGGAGCUUCAGAAGCUGCACAUCCAGGACAGGGUAGAAGAGGUCACAAAAGCAGAUAAUUAUGAGGCCAGUAAGAAGAAGGACUAUUACCAGCUUCCUAUUCCACGGGAAAAUAUUCACUUUCUGCAGACAUGGGAGGAGACACGGCAGUGCUGGGAGAAGGUGCUGCAGCCUGGGCAGGUCGUUGGUGUGGACAUGGAGUGGAAGCCUUCCUUUGGCAUGGUGGGGAAGCCCCGUGUCGCCCUUCUGCAACUUGCACUGAAGGAUGAGGUGUUCCUGUUGGACCUGCCACGGCUCCUUGAGCAAGCUGAGGCUGAGGGGGAAAAGGAGAAGCUUCCCCAUUUCAUCCAGAUGCUCUAUUCAGAUGCAGCCAUCACUAAACUAGGUUAUGGGAUGUCUGGAGACCUCGGCAGCCUUGCAGCCACAUGUUCUGCUUUAAAAGACACAGAGAAGCAAAUGCAAGGUGUGGUGGAUCUUCUUGCAGUGGACAAACAACUGCAGUGGGGGAAGGACAGCCGGAAGGUCGAUGGACUGUCCCCGGAGCACAGCCACGAGGAGAGAGGGGUCAGGCAGCCAGAGAAGGGACUCAGCCUCCUGGUGCAGCAUGUGCUGGGGAAGCCUCUGGAUAAAACAGAGCAGCUGUCAAACUGGGAGAAGCGGCCGCUCCGGGAGGAGCAGAUCCUCUAUGCAGCCUCAGAUGCCUACUGCUUGCUGGAGAUCUAUGAGAGGCUCUGCAAGGACCCCGAGAGCUUCAGUCUGGGUUCAGACCUGACAGACAGUCUGGUGGGAAAACAGAGCAAAAAACCCAGGGCAAAAAAGCAGCUGAAUAAACAAGAAGCACCAUCACCUUCUGGACAGGAAUGCCAAGGACCCAGAAUGGGGCCCUCACACCCCCCUGCCCCCAUCUCCCCCCAGGAGUUCAGCGUGGUCUGUGACAACAUGCUGCAGGGCCUGGGGCGCUACCUGCGCUGCCUGGGCGUGGAUGUCCGGCUGCUGGACAAUGAGGAUGACCACAGGAAAGCUGCUGAGAUAGCCCGACAGGAAGGAAGAGUAAUUUUGACCUCUGGACUCCCAUAUCACACUCUGCGCUCCCAGGUGGGAGAAGGAAGGUGUUUCUCUGUGAACUGCUCCGAGAAGGCGAAGGAACAGGCGCUGCAGGUGCUGAAGCACUUCAACGUGCAGGUGUCCCUGGGUGACAUCUUCAGCCGCUGCCAGGUGUGCAAUUGCAACAAGUACCUGAAGGUCUCACGGGAGAGUAUGAAGCAGCUGGUGGAGAGCAGCAGACAAGCGUCAGGGGAGAACAGUGCAGGCUGCCUGGGGAGCCAGAGCUGCAGUGCCACUGAGCCAGUCUGUGACACAGCCCAGCCUGGCUGCACCCCACACAGCGAGCGGGCGGAGGGGAUGGAGCAGUGCGGGGCAGCCCCGGUGCUGGCAGGAGACACGGUCCUGCAGGUCACUGCUAUCCCCCCCGGGGUGCUGGACAGAGCAGAGCUCACCGACUUCUACUGCUGCACCUGCUGUGGGAAAGUGUUUUGGGAAGGGUCCCAUUUUGGACACAUUGUGUCCCAGUUUCAGGAUGUUCUUGUGGCCUCUAGGGACACACAGGGCAUCUAUGAGCUGAGCUGAGCUGAGCUGAGCUGAGCUGAGGAGAAGCACGGGGGCUCCACAGGGGAACUGGGACUGCCUUGGGAACCUCAGCAGAUUUUGGGUCCUGAGUUUCCAGAGAGAGUCUGGAAGUGGGGAGGUAGGAGCUCUCAUUUUGGGAUCCAUCACGGAGAGCACUGUCACACGUGCACCAGUGGUUUGCAACAGCCCAAAAAUACAUGGCCUCUAUGAGAUCAUUAAAGCAGAGGUGGCUGAAGAAUGGACCCUUUGCUUUAUUUCUGCUCCUCUCCAAAUUACACAUGGCAAGAUGGGGGGAGGGCUCUGCUGAACAAAAGCACCGCCCCAGCAGUGCCAACCCCACCACACCCACACACCCCAGUGCCCCUCUGCCCACUCACUCAAGGGGAGCAGGAGCUGCAUCCCCAACAGCAGCACAGGGCAGAGAGCAUCCUGAGCACUCCCAGCCUGUGGGACAUGUGCCAAGCCUCAACCCAUCCCCAGCAUCCUCUCACCCUGACCCUGUGCUCCCAGGAGGGAGCUGGUGGGUGCAGGAGUGGAGGUCUGGGGAGCCUGAGCAUUGCUGGGCUCAGGGAAAUUUCUGAGUGCACCACAAUGCCCAGUGGCA